AUGAGCGACGAGCAUUCGAAGGACCAACCCGAAAUUCCAUCGAGCUCUACCCCUGCUCGCGGAAUUCUCAGGUCAACCGGAGACAACGCGUCAGUUAGCCCAGCUUCCGGCUUUCUAGAAACACCCUACCCCGCCCUCGACGUCAAGUUGGCAUUGGAGCCUCCCAAGGCAAACGUACCACCCCUCGUUCCUAAUCCAAGCCUGAUUUCUCCUGAAAGUGAAGAGCCAGAGGCCUACGUUGACGGAGCUUCCUCCGACACGGUCAUCGACAACUCCUCGCUCAUCAGCAAUUCGUACAACUACAACGGCCGUAAUGCAGGAGCAGAAAACCAGCCGAUUAUCACUCAGACGUGGAAGGACUCUACGUCCAUCGAUUCUCAGGUCGUCAGCAAUUCCGGUUCCGGCAACAACUUUAGCCAUCUCUGGGGUCCAACCACGGACGUCGACUUCAGUGCUAGCGCUCCGGAUGCCGUAUCCCUAUCCAAUGCCAUAUUUUUACCCACCCGGCUAAAUAAUGUAUCCUCAAUGCCAACCUCCGAAUUUUUUCAACCGACUGCAGCUUGA